AUGUCGCUGAAGCCCCAGCAGCAACAACAGCAGCAGCAGCAGCCCACGGCCGCCAAUGCCCGCAAGCCUGGCGGCAGCGGCGGCCUUCUCACGUCGCCUGCAGCCGCGCCGUCGCCGACCUCGUCCUCAGUCUCGUCGUCCUCAGCCGCGGCUUCCUCCUCCUCUACGGUGGCGGCGGCUAGCGCAGGCGGCGGGCGGCCGGGCCUGGGCAGAGGUCGAAACAGUAGCAAAGGACUGCCUCAAUCUACGAUUUCUUUUGAUGGAAUCUAUGCAAAUAUGAGGAUGGUUCAUAUACUUACAUCAGUUGUUGGAUCCAAGUGUGAAGUACAAGUGAAAAAUGGAGGUAUAUAUGAAGGAGUUUUUAAAACAUACAGCCCUAAGUGUGAUUUGGUACUUGAUGCUGCACAUGAGAAAAGUACAGAAUCCAGUUCGGGGCCAAAACGUGAAGAAAUAAUGGAGAGUAUUUUAUUCAAGUGUUCAGACUUUGUUGUGGUACAGUUUAAAGAUAUGGACUCCAGUUACGCACGAAGAGAUGCUUUUACUGACUCUGCUAUAAGUGCUAAAGUGAAUGGUGAACACAAAGAGAAGGACCUGGAACCCUGGGAUGCAGGUGAACUCACCACCAAUGAGGAACUGGAGGCUUUGGAAAAUGAUGUUUCUAAUGGAUGGGAUCCCAAUGAUAUGUUUCGAUAUAAUGAAGAAAAUUAUGGUGUAGUGUCUACAUAUGAUAGCAGUUUAUCUUCGUAUACGGUGCCCUUAGAAAGGGAUAACUCAGAAGAAUUUUUAAAACGAGAAGCACGGGCAAACCAGUUAGCAGAAGAAAUUGAAUCAAGUGCCCAGUAUAAAGCCCGGGUGGCCCUGGAAAAUGAUGAUAGGAGUGAAGAAGAAAAGUACACUGCAGUUCAGAGAAAUUCCAGUGAACGUGAGGGCCACAGCAUAAACACUAGGGAAAAUAAAUAUAUUCCUCCUGGACAAAGAAAUAGAGAAGUCAUAUCGUGGGGAAGUGGGCGACAGAAUUCACCACGUAUGGGUCAGCCUGGGUCAGGCUCCAUGCCGUCAAGAUCCACCUCUCACACUUCAGAUUUCAACCCGAAUUCUGGUUCAGACCAAAGAGUAGUUAAUGGAGGUGUUCCCUGGCCAUCGCCUUGCCCAUCUCCUUCCUCUCGCCCACCUUCUCGCUACCAGUCAGGUCCCAACUCUCUUCCACCUCGGGCAGCCACCCCUACACGGCCGCCCUCCAGGCCCCCCUCGCGGCCAUCCAGACCCCCGUCUCACCCCUCUGCUCAUGGUUCUCCAGCUCCUGUCUCUACUAUGCCUAAACGCAUGUCUUCAGAAGGGCCUCCAAGGAUGUCCCCAAAGGCCCAACGACACCCUCGAAAUCACAGAGUUUCUGCUGGGCGGGGUUCCAUUUCCAGUGGCCUAGAAUUUGUAUCCCAUACCUCACCAAGUGAAGCAGCUGCUCCUCCAGCAGCAAGGACUAGUCCCGCAGGGGGCACAUGGUCUUCAGUGGUCAGCGGGGUUCCAAGAUUAUCCCCUAAAACUCACAGACCCAGGUCUCCCAGACAGAAUAGUAUUGGAAAUACUCCUAGUGGGCCAGUUCUUGCUUCUCCCCAAGCUGGUGUUAUUCCAACUGAUGCUGUCCCUAUGCCUUUACCAGCUGCAUCUCCUACGCCUGCCAGUCCUGCAUCCAACAGAGCUGUUACCCCAUCUAUUGAGGCUAAAGAUUCCAGGCUUCAAGAUCAGAGGCAGAACUCUCCUGCAGGAAAUAAAGAAAAUAUGAAGUCCAAUGAGACAUCACCUAGCUUCCCAAAAGCUGAAAGUAAAGGUAUAUCACCAGUUGUUUCUGAACAUAGAAAACAGAUUGAUGAUUUAAAGAAAUUUAAGAAUGAUUUUAGGUUACAGCCAAGUUCUGCUUCUGAAUCUGUGGAUCAACUGCUAAACAAAAGUAGAGAGGGAGAAAAAUCAAGAGAUGUGAUCAAAGACAAAAUUGAACCAAAUGCUAAGGAUUCUUUCAUUGAAAAUAGCAGCAACUGCACCAGUGGCAGCAGCAAGCCGAGCAGCCCCAGCAUUUCCCCUUCAAUCCUCAGUAACACGGAGCACAAGAGAGGACCUGAGGUCACAUCUCAAGGGGUUCAAACUUCCAGUCCAGGGUGUAAACAAGAGAAAGAUGAUAAAGAGGAGAAGAAAGAUGCAGCUGAGCAAGUGAGGAAAUCAACGUUGAAUCCCAAUGCGAAGGAGUUCAACCCUCGUUCCUUUUCUCAGCCAAAGCCUUCUACCACCCCAACCUCACCUCGUCCUCAAGCACAACCUAGCCCAUCUAUGGUGGGUCAUCAGCAGCCAACUCCAGUUUAUACUCAACCAGUUUGUUUUGCACCAAAUAUGAUGUAUCCAGUCCCAGUGAGCCCAGGUGUGCAACCUUUAUAUCCUAUACCUAUGACGCCCAUGCCAGUGAAUCAAGCCAAGACAUAUAGAGCAGGUAAAGUACCAAAUAUACCCCAACAACGGCAAGACCAGCAUCAUCAGAGCACCAUGAUGCAUCCAGCCUCAGCAGCAGGUCCACCAAUUGUUGCCACCCCACCAGCUUAUUCCACACAAUAUGUUGCCUAUAGUCCUCAGCAGUUUCCAAAUCAACCUCUUGUUCAGCAUGUGCCACAUUAUCAGUCUCAGCAUCCUCAUGUCUAUAGUCCUGUAAUACAGGGUAAUGCUAGAAUGAUGGCACCACCAACACAUGCCCAGCCUGGUUUAGUAUCUUCUUCAGCAACUCAGUACGGGGCUCAUGAGCAGACACAUGCGAUGUAUGCAUGUCCUAAAUUACCAUACAACAAGGAGACAAGCCCUUCUUUCUACUUUGCCAUUUCCACUGGCUCCCUUGCUCAACAGUAUGCGCACCCUAAUGCUACCCUGCACCCACAUACUCCACAUCCUCAGCCUUCAGCUACUCCCACUGGACAGCAGCAGAACCAGCAUGGUGGAAGCCAUCCUGCACCCAGUCCUGUUCAGCACCAUCAGCACCAGGCUGCCCAGGCUCUCCAUCUGGCCAGUCCACAACAGCAGUCAGCCAUUUACCAUGCAGGGCUCGCUCCAACCCCACCUUCCAUGACACCUGCCUCCAAUACGCAGUCGCCACAGAAUAGCUUCCCAACAGCACAACAGACUGUCUUCACGAUCCAUCCUUCUCAUGUUCAGCCGGCAUACACCAAUCCACCCCACAUGGCCCAUGUACCUCAGACACACAAGUCUGGUAAAGAAGAUGGGAUUUCACAAAUUCUCAACUCUGAGGCUCAUGUACAGUCAGGAAUGGUUCCUUCUCAUCCAACUGCCCAUGCGCCAAUGAUGCUAAUGACGACACAGCCACCCGGCGGUCCCCAGGCCGCCCUCGCUCAAAGUGCACUACAGCCCAUUCCAGUCUCGACAACAGCGCAUUUCCCUUAUAUGACGCACCCUUCAGGUGAGGCGUGUGUGUGCAGGGGCCGCCGGGCACCCCAAAGCAUUCUGCUCGCACAGGUCAAAUGGCAGGCAGGGCCAGCGCUUCAAGCCCCGCAUCUGAGAACUAGCGAGACCCGUCAGUGUGCACAGUAGGGACUGUGAUGAUCAGCUCAGUAUCAGGUGUGAGGCUUCCGAGAGCCCAGUCUGUGUGUGUUCUGAUGGUAUACAGGAUUUGGCUUGAUGAGAAGCAGCAGCAGCAGCAUUCUGUGUAGCUGAUGCAUGCUUAGGACUCAGUUGGCCUUCCUUGUUAUCAUAGGAUGGACAGGGCAGUGUUUUCCUUCCUGAGUCCCAACAGUCUGACAUGUGGGGGGUUACCACCAUGGCAGAGUUUGAUUGUAGCUCUGGAGACUACUACUGAUGAGAAAGUGCUGUGUAUGGAUUGGUUUUGAGUAUAGUAUUAGCUCCAGUCUAUUCCCUGCUAGGGAGAGAAUGCCCGUGAUUGUGCUCUAAUACUUGAUGGCUGCCAUGGCGAUAUUUCAGUCUAACCUGUUAUUCUGAAAGCAAUACUGGUGCUUGGCUAUUUUUGGGGAGGGGGUAUGUUAAGGCCUUUUUUGUACCCCGUGAGCAACAACUCUUCUGGGAGUUUUAUCUGAAGUGGUUUAUGUCUGACUGGUUUGUUUCUACCCACCCACCUACCUCUCCCCCUUUUGGUACAGAUGUGGGGGUUGGGGGGUGGUAAAGAGAAUUGCAUUUUUUGAGUCUUAUUCAGCUAGCACAAGGAUAGUUAACAGUCAUGUGCUGCAGAUUCACUAGGCUUAAUGUGUGGUGUUGCCAGUUUUCUGUUUAAAUAUUCACUUUUCUUUU